CAGAAUUAAAUAUAAACAAAAUUAUUUAUCUCCUCUAGUACUUCUUCAACGCUUCUUCCCCCUCCAUUUCACAAAACAAAAUCAGCACCAGCUUCAAACAUUGAAAACAUUCGUAAACCAAUUAACGGCACACAUCAACACCUUUCACUACAAAAUAAACCUCCAUUACAAAAUACAAAUAAUAAUAUUAAUAAUUUAAUUCCUUCACCUCUUCGAGAAAUGAAACGACGACAGCCGGCAGCAACUCUUCCCUUUGUUGAUGCCCCGCAAAGGCAUGAGCUUAUGUUGUUGAGAAUGAAUGAUAUCAUUUCAAAUGGCCUUUGUAUUCCUCAUGAACAUCAACAAAAUUCCCCACAAGAACGAAGGCAAAUUAGCGCAGUUGAAUUGUGCAACAAUCUUGUCCAGUUUGCCUAUAAAUUAUCAUCUGCUAAAAGGCAUACUUUAGAAGACCCAGAACUUUAUCGAACUCGAACACAUUCCAGAACUGAAGAGAGAUUAAGAAGAAAAAUGAUUAGGAACAUGAUUAUGGAAAUGCCUGGAAAACUCGAUCACGCCUCUGUGGUUGCUUACCAAGUUGGAAGUGAAUGGCCGACUACAACUGAAAGAGAAACUGAUGAAAAAAUAAUUUUUGAAGAGUCGCCAAUAAAUAAAUUAAAAAUAGAGGAUUUGGAGAUUAAGGAGGAAAAUAGAGAGGAAAAUGUGUUUAAUAAUGCUAUUAAUCCAAAUAAACAAUCUGUUGCAGUUCAAUGUUCAUGGAGGCCCCCAACGGUGUUUAUUUUCUGA